AUGCGCAUGCUGCUCCCGCCGCGCCUCCAGCAGCUGGCGGAGCAGCGCCGCGUCGCCGGCCUCGGCGGCGUCAUGGAGCGCGCUGCGUCGUGGGGCGUGACGGGCGGCGCAACUAAGGCGGUCCACCCGGCUACGCUCGAGGCCCUGAAGGGCCUGUUUCCCGGUAUGGACGACCAGGCGGUCACAGCGGUGCUGGCGGAGUGCGGCAAUGAUAUUGACGCGGCUAUUCGCCGGCUCAACCAGCUGCGUAUUGUGACUGUCGACGCGGCGACGCAGCAGCAGCAGCAGCAGCAGCAGCAGCAGCAAGGGCAGCAGGCACAGCAGCCCAACAGCUCGGCUGCACCUCAGCAGCAGCAGCAACAACAACAGUCGCGUCAGCAGCAACAGCAGCAGCAGCAGCAGCAGCAGCAAGCGUCGGCCCCCGCCGCCGCUUCCCCCACCGCGGCCGCAGUGGCCACGCAGGGUCAGGCCAGCCCCAGCGGCCCGCAGACCGCCGACCAGUGGGUCGACGCGCUGGUGGGCGAGAUGGCGGCGGCGACAAACAUCCCCGACGCCCGGUCGCGCGCGGCCAAGCUGCUCACCUCGUUCGAGCAGUUUGUCGGCGCCCGCGUCGCGUCGCAGGAGCGCGCCGGCGCCGCGGCGCCGCAGGCGCAGGAGGCGCUGCGGGAGAACGCAAUCCUGAAGCGCGCGGUGCAGAUCCAGAACGCGCGCAUACAGGAGGCAGCGGCCAAGGAGCACGAGCUGGCGGCGCUGAAGCAGGUGGUGGCGCAGUACCAAGAGCGGCUGCGCCACCUGGAGCUGUCCAACUACUCGCUGGCGCUCCACCUGCAGAAGGCCACCGGCGACGCCCCCGUCGCGCCGGGGCACCGGCCGCCGGACGUGUACUGA